AUGUGGACCUUGGAAUGUGAUAGCAAGAUUCUAGACAACAAAAGGAUAUGGCUACGCCCGGGGAAGAAAUAUUUGUUCGGGAGAACGCUGGACCUGUCUAGGGGAAGGAACAAAAGCUUCCAGCUUAAGGAUGAAAAGUCCGUCUCUCGGCAGCACCUUACCUUGACUGUAUCCGCCGUCAAGCCAGGCGAUGGAUCGCUUGUACAUACUCGAUCAGAGAUCGCACUUAAAGAUGAGGCCACGAAGUUUGGUACAGAGGUUGAUGGCGUCCGCAUCAAGGAAAACGAGCGAGUGUUAAAGGACAGUGAACACACGUUUCGAUUGGGGAAGUCUAACCAUGUUUUUCGUAUCAAAUGGCAACCAGUUGUUUUCACUUUCUCACUGAGCUCAAAAGAGAUGAAGACCGGCAAGGAUCCAUUAGUUAAUUACCGAAACAGACUUGAGGACCUCGAUAUUAAAGUCGUCAUACCCUACAUCGUCGGCGUGACCACACAUGUUGUCAGUACCAAACGAAAUACUGCCAAAGGCCUCCAGGCUCUCAUCAAUGGCAAAUACAUUGUGACGGAAACCUACAUUGAUGCUCUGGUCUACGCAACAACCCCAGAGAACCUCGAUGAGCUGGAGAGUCUUUCCCCGCUCGAGGAGGACUUCGACGCCCAUUGGCCAAAUGCUUCAGAGCAUCUGCCGGCGAAAAGCAAAGAACCCAGCGAAAGACCAUCCGAAGACUUUGUACCAAAUUCGCAUCGUGACAAUGUUUUCGAAGGCUAUACCUUUGUGUUCUUGGACGCAACUCAGUUCGAGACACUACAAGCCCCGAUUACGAACGGUGGCGGGAAAGCUCUGUCGUUCAUCCCCAAUCCCGGAAAGACUACGGCUGAGGAAAUUGUGCGCUAUGUAAAGGGUGUGGCUGGAGAAAAGGGUCUGGGAGAAUUCGAAGAUGGAAGCGAGGGUAAGGGUGUAGUGGUCAUCAGGUUCAGGUUGAAGGAGAAGUUCGCAGAUUGGGCAGCCCAGAUGGAUACUACAAUAUCUCUAGCUCUCGGCCAACGGCUGAUCGAACAAAGCGAGUUCAUCGAGGCCAUAUUGCUGAAUGAUGCCAGCAUCCUGAGAAGGCCAUUGGAGGUGGACUAUGAGGAGUCGGCGCCGAGGACCAACGGAAUGAUUGCACCAGCAGCAUUAGCAGAAGAUGUCAUGCAAGUGGAAACACUUGCUCAGCCAGAGGUCUCCAAGCCCGCACCAAGGCGAGCUCGUGUUCGAGGAAAUGUUGUGAGCCGCUUCAAAGGAUUUGGCGCUGACGAUGACGACGAGUCUUCAAUGCCAACAUCUUCUCGACCUGCUCCUGUUGACUCACAGAUGGAGUAUGCACCGCUGAGUGGAAGGUCACAACGUUAUUCCAAUGGUGCGUCUUUGGCGGAUUCUCCCAUGGAGAUUGACUCUCAAAACCAAGAGAAUGGCGAGGAUGAGGCCACAAAAUCCCGAAAACGACCAGCGUCAACUCUAGAAGAAGUUGACGAAGAUGAGAUGAUGGACAGUCUUUUGCCAGCUGCUACGGCCAUGAAAAAACGAAGGAUUGAAGAGGCUGAAUCUUUUCAGCGCGACGGAGUUCCAAGAGAGCAAUCGUUCGAGACAUCCCAGAAGAAGGCUAAAAAGGAGAACACGCGGCAACCGCCUAAAGAGGUCAACAUCAAAGAGGCACUGCGUGAGCGACGAGAAAGAGAAGAAAAAGAAGAGGCAGCCAGACGCGAUGAAGAGAAUCCUCGAGAAACCAUAGAUGGUAUGAGCAUUGACGAGAUGAAGAAACUUGCAAUUGUCGAGCCUAUGGACGUCCUUGAUCGCUCAAAACGAACACAGCGAAGAGAACAUGAUAAUCCCGCAGACAGCCGGUGGGAUGAGCGUUGGAAUGGCAGAAAGAACUUCAAGAAAUUCCGGCGGCGAGGGGAAGGUACUCAAGCGAGGCGUGGCCAGAGUGUCAUUGUGCCCUUGGAAGAAGUCAAGAGGAAGGACUUUGGGAUUGGACAAGGGUACUGGGUGGAGAGCGAGAAGACAAAGAAGAGGCGCAAGGAGAAUGAGCGCACGACGCAAUCGCAGUCACAGAGCCAACCAUUUGCUACAGCGAAGAGCGAGGCCGUCGAAGGACCCUCCGAGCUUGUUGUUGAUGGAGAUAUACCUGUGUCCAGUGACGAGGAUGCUCCGAGGAUCACAUUGCGCCAGGAAAAAACUCAACAAACGGAUGAAAGCAGCAACAGAUCUCAAGUUGUGAAUGGGAAGCGACCGGCUGCUAGCCAGGCCAACGGCGUUCCAGCCAAGAAGCAAAAGACGUUUGCCGUGCAGGACUCGGACAGUGACAGCGAAGACGAGCUGAAGUUCAGGUUCAAGAAGAAGGGGAGAUAG